AAACGCAAACGAGGGGGAAGACUAAUUGCGGGAAGGAGGAGGCAGAAUUAAAGACGAACGGGAUAGAAUGUGGAAAAUUGCGGCGGCGUUUGAGUUAAGGUGUGACCCGAGCAAUUGGAAAAACUUUCAGAAGCAGGCAAUAAAGUGGAGUAAGUACUGUACAAGAAAUAUUGGAACUUCUGUUUCAUCAUCUUCAUGUGGUCUUGAGAAGGAUCCAAGCAAGCCAUCUAUUCAAGAACUUGCCGAUGCACGAGUGAUAUACAGUGUAGCCCGUGCAAUGGGUCAUAACAAGGAAUCACAUCCAGAGUCCCAUCUAAGAGUUCCUGCAAUUGUGAGCGCCCUUAAAAAGAUGAAGCUCACUUCAAAGUUCCGUGGUACAGAUAUAGUUGAACUCACAAAUUUCAAGCCCGCUUCGGUGGAUGACAUUGCAAAGGUUCAUUGCAAAGAUUAUAUUGCUGGUCUCGAGCAGACUAUGGAUGAGUUGGCCAAAAAUAGAAAGGCUAAGAGUAAGGGUGCUGAAACGGGCUUCACACACAUCGAUAAAUCAGGGCCAACAUAUGCUACUGCCAGUACAUUCAAGGAUUCGCUUUGGGCAGCUGGAGCAGCACUAGCCGUGGUUGAUGCAGUGGUUGCAGCAUCAGAAAAGAGCUUGAAUCCUCCAACUGGAUUUGCUCUGAUAAGACCUCCGGGGCAUCAUGCUUUACCAACAAGUGCUAUGGGGUUUUGUGUGUUUGGCAAUGUGGCCAUUGCGGCGCGCCAUGCGCAGCUUGCGCAUGGACUAAAGCGAGUAUUUAUCAUUGACUUUGAUGUUCACCAUGGGAAUGGGACAAGUGAUGUUUUCUAUGAAGAUCCAGAUGUGUUCUACUUGUCCACUCACCAAGAAUUGAUUUUUCCAGGCACGGGUAUAAUUCCCGAGGUAGGUUAUGGAGACGGUGAGGGUGCAACGCUGAAUUUGCCUUUGCCCAAAGGCUCAGGAGAUUAUGCCAUGAGGAGUGUGUUUGAUGAAGUCAUUGUGCCCUGUGCUCAGAGGUUCAAACCAGAUAUAAUUCUUGUCUCCGCCGGGUAUGACGGUCACGUUCUUGACCCGCUAGGGGAUUUGCAGUUCACGACGGGAACGUAUUACAAGCUGGCCUCAAAUAUCAAACAGCUCGCCAAAGAUCUGUGCGGGGGCCGCUGCGUUUUUUUCCUGGAGGGAGGAUAUAACAUUGAUUCUCUGGCAAAUUCUGUGGCGGAAUCUUUCAGAGCCUUGCUUGGAGAGAAGAGCUCGGCGAGCGAGUUUGAUAACCCUGCCAUCCUGGCUGCAGAGCCAUCCGCCAAGGUGAUCAAGAAAGCGAUUCGGAGCGUUAAAUCCAUACACUCCCUCUGAAUCAUCAUCAUCUAACAUAUGAAGUCUAUGGGGAAUACCAUUCUUGAAAUACAUUUAAAUUUUUUUACUAAUCCCAAGAAAAUUAACAAAAAUUAUUAACUUUUUUAGACUUUUAAAAUGACACAAGUCUUACUUGCCUAGUUCUAUGUCACACAAAAGACUUCUAGAUUGGCUAAUUUUGACUUUUGAUGAAUCCUUAAUACUCAUCUAUGGUGCAUAUAUGUUCUUCCUUUUACGAUAUAAAGAAAGUAUGAAAAACCAC